AACCGAAAUCCGAGCCUAAACUAAAAACCAAACCAAACCCCCUUCUCUCUCUCUCACGAAGCUUUGCAAACAAGAAGAAGAAAAGCAGAGUCGACGCGACCUUUCUCUCACAAGCAUUAUAAUUCUCAUCUAUAUAUAUAAACGCUCGCUCGCUCGCUUGCUUUCUCUUUGUUUCUUGCCUUCGUUUUUUAAAUUAAAGAAAAAUUUCAGAUAAUUCUCCAUUUAUAUUUCUUUGUAUAUGCGCGUGUAGAGAGAGCGUGAUUGUUUUCCAAUUUGAAUUAUGGCUACUGGUGUGGAAUCGUCUUCGCCGGAGACGGGGAGGGUUGCGGUGGCUCUUGAUUUUCCUCUGAGUGAUAUGCUGUCGUUUAGUUCUCCUCCUAGAAUACCUAGAAGGCUUCGGAAAAGACUCUUGGAGGCUAGGACUCCUAGUACUGUUGAAGAAAUUGAAGCUAAACUUCGACAUGCUGAUCUUCGUAGACAGCAAUUCUAUGAGAAGUUGUCAAGCAAGGCAAGACCAAAGCCUAGAAGCCCCUCACGGUCUUCAUCUCAUGAAGAAGACCUUGGCCAACGGCUUGAAGCCAAACUUCAAGCCGCAGAGCAGAAAAGGUUGGACAUUCUGGCAAAGGCUCAGAUGCGCCUUGCUAGGCUGGAUGAGUUGCGUCAGGCAGCAAAAACUGGAGCAGAAAUGCGGUUUGCUAGAGAAAGAGAGAGGCUGGGUACAAAAGUUGAAUUGCGGGUUCAGCAAGCAGAAGCAAAUAGAAUGCUUAUCCUGAAGGCUAAUAGGCAAAGAAGGGCCACCCUAAAGGAGAGAAUGUCCCAAUCAAUAUUGCGGCGAAUGGCUCGGGAGAGCAAAUACAAGGAGCGUGUGUGUGCUGCAAUUCACCAAAAGCGUGCAGCUGCUGAGAGGAAGCGACUGAGGUUGCUGGAAGAAGAAAAGAAGAGGGCAUGUGCUAGAGUUUUGCAAGUAAGACGAGUGGCUAAGUCGGUAUAUAACCAACGUGAGAUUGAGAGACGGAGAAUGCGGGACCAUCUGGAAAAUCGGUUGCUAAGGGCCAAAAGGCAAAGAGCAGAAUAUUUGAGGCAGAGAGGAAGGCAAUGCAAUUCUGUUCGAGUGAAUUGGAAUCGAAUGCACAAGCAGGCCGAUCUUCUAUCCAGAAAAUUAGCAAGGUGCUGGAGGCAGUUCCUUAGGUCUAGGAGGACUACUUUAGACUUGGCAAAAAGUUAUGAUGCCUUGAAACUCCAUGAGAGUUCUGUCGAGUCAAUGCCAUUUGAGCAGCUUGCUCGAUUGAUUGAAUCUGCUACUACCCUACAGACUGUGAAAGGUCUACUUGAUCGGCUAGAAAGCCGCCUUAGAGUUUCCAAGGCUGUUUUAAGCAAUCAUUCAACCAAUUUGGAAAAUAUUGAUCACCUUCUAAAAAGAGUAGCCACCCCAAGGAAACGGACUGCUACUAGGAAUUCUGUGAGGAGCAGAGACACAAAGAAAGUAGGAGCUGCUAGGGAGGCAGCAAGAAGUCCAGUUAAAUCAUCAAGGUAUCCUGUGAGAGUAGUUCUUUGUGCCUAUAUGAUUUUGGGUCAUCCAGAUGCCGUUUUCAGUGGUCAAGGGGACCGUGAGAUUGCUCUGGGCAAGUCUGCUAAAGAAUUUAUUCGACAGUUUGAGUUGCUGAUAAGAAUUAUACUGGAUGGUCCCAUACAGAGUUCUGAUGAGGAAUCAGACUCUAUGUCACCAAAGCGCUGUACCUUUAGGUGUCAGCUUGCGACAUUUGAUAAAGCCUGGUGCUCCUACUUGAAUUGCUUUGUUGUGUGGAAGGUUAAGGAUGCCCAGUCAUUGGAGGAGGACAUGGUGAGAGCUGCUUGCCAACUGGAGCUUUCUAUGAUUCAAAAAUGCAAGAUGACACCGGGAGGGGAUACUGAUGCUCUUAGUCAUGAUAUGAAAGCUAUUCAGAAACAGGUUACUGAAGAUCAAAAUCUUCUGAGGGAAAAGAUACAACACCUGAGUGGAGAUGCUGGGAUUGAGCGUAUGGAACAUGCUCUAUCAGAAACACGAUCUAAAUACUUUCAAGCAAAAGAAAAUGGAAGCCCAGUAGGCUCACCAAUCACACAGUUCCUCUCUUCUGGCACAUCUAACUCUCGAAUUGCUCCUUCUGUUGGUAACUUAUCCUGCACAAGUGAUGUAGUUGAGAGUGUUGAGAUGCCAAGCCGUGUAGUUCGCUCUUUGUUCAGAGACGAUGAUGCUUCCCAACCUAAAGGAACUGCAAUUAUCAGUGGCCAUUUUGAUGGUCAGUUGGGUUCUUCUGUUGAAAAUUUGAUAGCAGAGAAUGAAUUGAUUGUAAAUGAAUUUCUCCAUGAGCAACAUCACAGCAUUGUUGAUGGACUCAAUACUGAAAAAGAGAACAGUAUCAAGGCAAAGAUAAGAGAGACGAUGGAGGCAGCUUUUUGGGAUGGUAUCAUGGAAUCCAUAAAACAGGAUGAGCCCUGCUAUGACAGGGUUGUUGAACUGGUGAGGGAGGUUAGGAAUGGAAUUAGUGGGAUGGCUCCACAAAGCUGGAAGCACGAGAUUGAUGAAGUUAUUGAUCUAGAUAUUCUCUCUCAGGUGUUAGAGUCGGGUACACUGGACAUUGAUUAUCUCAGAAAGAUUCUAGAGUUUUCAUUCGGUACUUUGCAGAAGCUAUCCUCUCCAGCCCGUGAGGAGGAAAUGAAAGUUACAUAUCAGAAAUUAUUAGAAGAGUUGGCAGAGAUGUGUUCAGCCCAAGAUGAGUCGACAUCUUCCCAUGCCCUUGCAAUGAUCAAGGGUCUACGCUUUGUACUAGAGCAUAUUCAGGCUCUUAAGCAAGAGAUAAGCAAAGCACGUAUAAAACUGAUGGAGCCUUUGUUGAAGGGACCUGCCGGUUUGGAUUACUUGAGAAAAGCUUUUGCCAACCAUUAUGGAUCUUACUCUGAUGCACGUGCAUCUCUACCCUUGACCAUGCGAUGGCUUUCAUCUGUGAGGAAUUGUGGAGACCAGGAGUGGGAAGAGCAUACCAACUUGCUUUCAACUUUGAUAAACCAGGGUAGCUCGUCUCAGGAGUUUCUUCCCUCUAUCACACUUAGAACUGGUGGAAGCUUUAUGCUCAAAACAAAAGGAAGUGGUACUGCCUCUACUUCUUCUUCAUCUGCUACAGGUGGUCAGAAGCCAGAACCAGAGUGCAAUGGUGAAAGAAUUGAUUUGUUGGUGAGGCUUGGAUUAUUGAAGUUGGUAAGUGGGGUUUCUGGCCUAACACAAGAAGUUCUGCCUGAAACCUUUAUGCUUAACCUGCCUCGUUUGAGAGCUGCUCAGGCUCAAAUCCAGCAGAUCAUAGUAAUAUCAACUAGCGUUCUUGUUUGCCGGCAAACACUCCUGAUGGAGCAAGUAGUAGCCAGCGGUGCAGAUUUGGAAAGCAUAUUAUCAAAGUGCACUAACCAAUUGCUGGAGCUCUUAGAUCAUGUCGAUGAUGUGGGUAUUGAGCAGAUUGUAGAAAUCAUAAGUGGUUUCUCACAAGUUGGUGACAGGGCAGGAGACCUUGAGAAACUUCAAUCGAGGAAGCUAGUCAUGGCUAGGAUGUUAGGGAAGAGCUUGCAGGCUGGGGACCCAGUUUUUGAGAAGGUCGCCCGUGCCGUUUACUUGGCCACAAGAGGUAUUGUACUAGGUGGCAGUGGACCUCAGGGAAGAAAACUAGCAGAAAUGGCACUCCAACAAGUAGGGGCUGCCUUGCUGACUGAAAGGGUAGUGGGAACAGCCGAAAUAUUAGUGGUGGCAGCCACCGUGUCGGUUGCUGUACAUGGGCCAUGGUAUGUAAAUCUGGUUGAUAACAUGUGAUGGAAUUGUAUUGCAAUUGGGGAAGUGGGAGAGAAUAAUACACACCUGUAAAUAGUAGAUUGUGAGUGUGUGUGACAAGGGUGCGUGUGUAAAUGGAAAAUAAUACUUGAUUGUAAUGUCCAAUUCUUCAAUGAUUGUAAUGAAUUCUUCGAUGGUAGUGGUGUAAAUACUGCCUUUUCUUUGUGCA